AUGGUCAAGGUCGCGAUUGCCGGAGGCUCCAGUCCUACCCUGGGCCAUUCGGUCGUUUCAGCUCUUCUAGCAACAGGCGGCCGUCAUACGCCUAUGAUUCUCUCAAGGAAGAAAGAAAAUGGCUCCUCGGCGUCUAGCACUGCAGCUUGGCCGGUCCCCGGCUCAUCGUCCACUGCAGAGGUGGAAACACGGUAUGUCAAUUAUGAGUCUGAGGACUCACUAGUAGCAGCCCUGCGUGAUAUCGACACGGUCGUCAGCGUGCUCCUUAUACACGACACAGACACUUUCGUCAAAACCCAGAUCAGGCUGUUGCAUGCCGCUGAGACUGCUGGAUGUCGACGUUUUGCGCCAUCCGAGUUCUCUGGUCCAUAUAAGUCGCAUUUCUCAAUCGACUUUGAGAGAGCGGUCAAACUGCCUGUGUGGGAGGCCGUGCUUAAAUCGAACAUCGACGCCGCCAUCUUUUCAAAUGGGAUGUUCAUGAAUUACCUUGGAAUCGGCAGUCCUGAGAAGGAUGGUAACCGAGUUGAGGCACUGGCGGGCUUUGCAGAGCGGCCGUUCUUGUUUAAUUUGGUUGACCGCUGGGUUGAGGUGCCUGUGGUAGAGCGCGAUAAUGGCAGCCUACCACCACCACCCGUGAUUACCAUGACCAACAUCCGGGACAUUGGCAGGUUUAUCGCCGCAGCUAUUGACCUGGAGGAGCCCUGGGGUAAACGAGAGCUUGGGAUGGCGGGCUCAACCCUUCAGUUCGACGAGGUGGUGAGCCUGAUCGAAAAGUAUACUGGCCAUACGAUCGAAGUACGCCCGUUCACCAAGAAACAAGUCGAGGAAAGGCUUGCCAACCCUGCAGAAGGCGUUGUGGGAAUCAUCGAACAGCUGGAAUGCCAGUUGAAGCGAGUCUGCUGCGACGGUGGGAUCCCCGUCGAGCCAACGCUUAACCGCCUCUGUCCGGGAGUGAAGCCCAUGACUGUUGAGGAGUAUCUAAAGAAGUACUGGGCGGAACCAUCCGGACUCUCUGUCGACGCAUGA